UUACAGAAAGCCUGACUGGGGCUGAACGAGAGAAGGAGAGAGAGACACAGAAGCAGACUCCGAGCUGAAACCAGCCCCACAACAUCUCGCAAGCUGGGUACCAUUUUCGACACACACGGGGAAUAUAUGUACAUAUAUUUUACGGAUCUGAUCAGGUCAACGUCACAAGUAAUGUGAACACCCUGGACACCAGAACGCUGAAUUCCUGGGAGGUGUGGUACCUCUGAAUUCUACUUUUUUCUUUACAGAAUUCUUCCUCCCUCGUUACUUCUCAUUGAUUUUUUUUUUUCGAUUUGAAAGAGAAGCGGAGUAUAAGUAUCUUUGCUCUUAUUUUUGAUAUCCUACUAUCCCCUGCCUUUUUUUAUUUAUUACAGGAAGCUUUAGUGCAAGUGAUGCCUUCCACUACGCUUAAGAUGGUUUUUCUCUGAAGACAAACUGAUCUUGAAGGUUCACGAGUGGCCUACUGGACCUGGCGUCCUCAUGGCCUCUGGGGUCGCAGCAUGGCUACCCUUUGCAAGGGCAGCCGCUAUUGGCUGGAUGCCAGUGGCCAACUGUCCUAUGCCACUGGCGCCAGCAGACAAGAACAAAAGGCAGGAUGAACUAAUAAUUCUCAAUGUUAGUGGGCGUCGAUUCCAGACAUGGAGAACUACCUUGGAGAGGUACCCAGACACCCUUCUUGGAAGCACAGAGAAGGACUUCUUUUUUAACGAGGAGACCAAGGAAUACUUUUUUGACCGUGAUCCAGAAGUGUUCAGAAGCAUCCUAAACUUUUACAGAACUGGCAAGCUGCACUACCCUAGAUAUGAAUGCAUUUCUGCCUAUGAUGAAGAGCUGUCUUUCUAUGGGAUUUUGCCUGAAAUCAUAGGGGACUGUUGCUACGAAGAAUACAAAGAUAGAAAACGAGAAAAUGCAGAGAGGCUAAUGGAUGAUAAUGAAUUUGAGCACAGUCAAGAAGCCAUGCCCUCUCUUAAUUUGCGUGAGACAAUGUGGCGAGCCUUUGAAAAUCCCCAUACCAGCACUUUAGCCUUAGUCUUCUACUAUGUAACUGGCUUCUUUAUUGCUGUGUCGGUGAUCACAAAUGUUGUUGAGACUGUUCCAUGUGGACUCGUGCCAGGUAACAAGGAACUGCCCUGUGGAGAGCGGUACGAUGUAGCCUUCUUUUGCCUGGACACUGCCUGUGUCAUGAUAUUUACAGUAGAGUAUCUCUUGAGACUCUUUGCAGCCCCCAGUCGGUACAGGUUCAUGAGAAGCGUCAUGAGUAUCAUUGAUGUCGUAGCCAUCAUGCCAUACUACAUUGGCUUGGUAAUGACCAACAACGAGGAUGUGAGCGGCGCUUUUGUCACUCUGCGGGUUUUCCGAGUGUUCAGGAUUUUCAAGUUCUCACGCCACUCCCAGGGUUUACGGAUUCUUGGAUACACCCUGAAGAGCUGUGCCUCUGAACUGGGAUUCCUCCUCUUCUCCCUGACCAUGGCAAUCAUCAUCUUUGCCACUGUGAUGUUUUACGCAGAAAAAGGGUCAUCUUCCAGCAAGUUCACAAGUAUCCCGGCUUCCUUUUGGUACACCAUUGUUACUAUGACAACUCUUGGAUAUGGUGACAUGGUACCCAAGACCAUUGCAGGAAAAAUCUUUGGCUCCAUCUGCUCCCUGAGCGGGGUACUUGUGAUCGCACUGCCAGUACCUGUUAUUGUGUCGAAUUUCAGCAGAAUCUACCACCAGAACCAGCGGGCAGACAAAAGGCGAGCACAGAAGAAAGCCCGGCUUGCAAGAAUCAAGGUAGCCAAAACAGGGAGCUCCUCAGCCUAUUUGCACAGCAAACGUAAUGGACUGCUUAAUGAAGCCCUAGAACUAACGGGCUCCACAGAGGAAGAGACAAACACUGGAAAAUCAGGCUCCUUGAUAGAAAGCCAACACCACCACCUGCUGCACUGCCUGGAAAAAACAACUGGAUUGUCCUAUCUUGUGGAUGAUCCCCUGUUAUCUGUACGAACUACCACCAUCAAGAACCAUGAGUUUAUGGAUGACCAGUUGUUUGAGCAGAACUGCAGGGAGAGCUCCAUGCAAAAUUACCCAUCAAGCCGAAGCCCGUCUUUGUCAAGUCAUCACGGGCUCAGUACAUCCUGCUGCUCUCGACGCAACAAAAAAACCACCCACCUCCCCAACUCCAGUGUGCCAGCCACGAGGCUCCGAAGCAUGCAGGAGCUUAGCACCAUCCACAUCCAGUGCAGUGAUCAACCAUCUCUAACUACCAGUCGUUCCAGCCUAAACCUGAAGUCAGAUGAUGGCUUAAGAUCAAAUUGCAAAGCUCCGCAGAUAACAACUGCAAUUAUUAGCAUCCCUACUUCUCCAGCUUUGACCCGAGAAGGGGAGAACAAACCCGCCAGCCCUCCUGGACAUGCCAGAAACAUGCACAGUACAAGCAACAUUGUGAAAGUGUCUGCGUUGUAAGAUGACUUUGCAUCAGAACCAAGGCUACCAUACCGCAACCUUUUUUUGCUGCAGUAUUGUGGAAUUAGCAGCAGAGAAGUGACCGGCUUCUGCUAUACUUGCCAUUUACCAUCAAGAAGUGAUGUUGAAUGAGCUUAUGUGUGAAAAAAAGGGGGAUAUGUACAUACAUCCCUGUAUUCUUACAUAUAGAAGUAUGUAUGUUUUUUUUUCUUUUUUCUUUUUUUUUUGAUAGCUGGCUGUUAGGACAUUUUCCAUGGCAAGAAGAGAAGUUAACACAAAAAUCAAACUGACAACACUGUGUCUAAACACCUUUUUUUAAGGUUUUCAGUGGAUAAUAUUUAUUCAUGAAGAAAUGACUAAAAAAAAAAAAUAAAAAAAUAUAUAUAUAUAAAAAUACAAGGGAGUAGCGAAAAAUUAUAUUGUAGGUUCUGGGGGAAAUGAGUGGGGGGGCAGCAGGUGAAAAUAAAUGGAUUUUCCUCCUUGGAAGAGAAUCUGCCAGCAACAAAAAUGACACAAGAUUUGUGUUCCAGUUCCUCGAAAAAAAAAAAAUAUAUAUAUAUGGACAAUGGGGACUGGGUAGGGGUUUGAGACCCCGUGAAAAGAAAUUCUAUUUUCUUUUGUUUUCCGUAAGCGAGAGGACAUUGAACUGUUCAGGGAACAGAAUAGCUCCUAGCACAUUAUGGGUCCGGCACAUUAUUAUAGAGGCGAGCACAUACACACAUUUUUCCCUUUGCUGGUGUUCUUAAUUAUUAAAACAAUUUGUAUUAGCCUUAUAAGUCAAAAACAGUGCAUACUGUGAUGUUGUCAGGUAUUUUGUCUGUCGGGGGGAAAAAAAAUAGAAAAUGCAAAAAAAAAUA